CCGUCAACAAAAGGUAAACAACAGCAGACAGUGAUUUCCGAUGAAAACACUUUUGGCGGCGUUCGGUAAAAUAAAGGAAAGCAAAAACAACUUUAAUAAUGGACGAGAACUCAACAAGUGAAAAUAAUACGACACCACGGUUAGAAGCCGCAAACUCUAACGAUAGCGAUAUAGAGAUUUUGGAAACGAGCGUGCCCGUAGUUAGUAUUGAUCUCGACAAUGACGAAGUUAAUGGUUCGCAAGUGGACGCUCCACUGAUAGCGAUUCGCUUCAGAAACAAGGAAUUAUUUGAAAAGCUACAAAAAGCCGUUUCCAGUGCAUUAAAAGCAGUGUUUCAGGAGCAUCUACCUAACGAGUCGAUAAACGUUGCGCAAGGAAAGGAUGGCUGCUCCCUGGAGGCACAGGAGAAGGGCGCUUCGGAGACCGACCGCUGGUUCGUUAUCGACUCCACACCCAUGAAGAACAAAAAGAACGAUAGUCAGAUACCGAGCUACAAGAAAUCGAUGAACAAAGUGUUCGAUGGACAGACGCCACCGCCCGCUUCCGGUUCGCUCUCGAAGCGACCGAAAGGUAAACAAACCUGCUGGAACUGUGAGGGCGAUCAUGCGCUGAAGGAUUGCAAGCAGCCGCGCAACUAUACGCGUAUCCGACAGAAGAAGGAAGAGUUCCAGCGAAAGACUGACCGCUACCACGCCGACCUGGAGCAGAAGUACGGUCAUUUCAGGCCCGGCGCUUUGAGCGAAGGUUUGCGCGGUGCACUCGGACUCGGCUCGCGCGAUCUGCCACUGCACGUGUACCGGAUGCGCAUGUUUGGCUAUCCGCCGGGUUGGCUCGAGGACGCAAAGAUUACCCAUUCCGGGCUGCAGCUGUUCGGAUCGAACGGCGACGCAGUGCAGCACUCGGACGAAAGUGACGGCGAGGUGGACAAUGCACGCAUGAAGUAUGAUGUGCGGAAAAUAAUAGAGUAUCCCGGAUUUAACGAGCCACCGCCGGAGGGAAUGUUUGACGACUGGAAGUACUAUAAAGUGCCACCCUAUACGGAGGAGCUGGGGCGGGAUAACAUGAUCCGGCAGCUGGAGGGCACGUUGGUUGGAGGCUAUCGACGCAAGAAGCUUAAGAUGUCCAUCGAACCAGACGCAGAAACUAACGAUGAUCCCACUGUAAAUAGGGAAGUAGUGGAUAUGGACGCGAUGGAGUGUAGUCCUCCGCCGCCGGAAGCAGCCAAGUCGAAUGAGCUAGAGGAUGGUGAGCUGUCUUCUGAUACUGAAUCUAAUAACGCGACCUCAGCAGUUGAUGAUAGUGUGAUUCUGGUCGAGACUCCCGUGGAAGUGAUCUCAUUGGAUGAUACGCCUUUGGUCGUGCCUGAGCCCGCUCCACCAUCCCCCACGUUGGCUGAUCUGCAGGCAAAACAGAAGCAACUCGAAGAUCAGUUGGCCAACAAUGUUACGAUGACGGAAGAAUCUUCAUUUGUGAGUGACAUUUUGCUUGCCGAGAAUCUAGCGGCUGACCAGUCCAUGGAAGAAUCGCCUUCCUCAUCGUCCCUUCCGGCAGCACCGGCCGAUACUGUACCGACGCAGCCCGCAGAACAGCUGGCCAACUGUACGGUUUUGUCAGAAGAUUGUUCGUUUAUGAACGACAUACUGCUGGCCGAAAAGCUGGCAGCCGAACAGUCUCUCCAGGUACCAUCCACUUCAACGGCUCCUUGCUUUAUCGAACCACCGCGACCUCCAUCUCCACCGAAAACGAAUACGCUUAACGAGUGUGAGCCAUCGGAACGGCCGCCCGAACCGGAAACGUUCGAUCUCGGCGAAAUAGCCAUGAACAAAGUGCCCUACAUUGACGAACCCGCCAGCAUGGGGCUGAAGCGAAUGUCACUCGGAACGCCGAUACUGAAAGCGUUCACGCCGUACGAUACGUUGCCAAGUGGGGAAGCAUUUUCAAAGGGCGUUAGCGACGUGAUACACUUUGAGAAUCUUCCCGACUCGACGGGAAAAUAUGAACAGAUGAAGUCCCUGUUGUCGGAAGUGCGGCAGAAGAUGAACAAACAUCUGCGCGAAAUGGAUGAUGGACGAUAGGUAGAGAGAGAGAGAGAGAGAGAGAGAGAGAGAGCGAGGAAUGAACGCAGAGGAAGCAGUGUUUGUAACUAGACUAGAACUAUAAGAACUAGACUAGGCUAGAUCUACUUUCGAAAAAGAAUUAGAAUUAUCGAAAGGAACUCGAGCGAUUCAGUGUGUUGCAAAUAUCUCAAUACCAGCCAAUGGUUUCUGAUUAAAAAAAUACAUGCAGAAUAUGACCAACACUAAACUCACCGAGAAUUAAUUGAAAUAAAUGAGCUAAAAAAGAAGGAUCGCUUCUUGACAAAAAAAAAAGCUUGACAAAGAAUUACUACGAAAUUUUAUACUGACGACGCUCGUUGUUUAGAAGCAUACGGUCGAGGAAAGAUAACACAAUCAACGCAAUGACUGAAUCUACGAUUACAAUGUACAUACGUCCAUUAAGUUAAGAUUAACCUAGCUGAUUGAAACCGUUUGGGUUAAAUUAACGGGUGCGUAGAAGCACGUACAUUUUGAUGUCAUUUGCUCACGAAUGCAUUUGACAUCAAUCAGAUUUGGAUUUAAAAAAAAGAUGAAUAAAAUUCGAACUUGAAG